CCUACAACUGGUGUCCUGUACAAAGAGGAUAACUACAUUAUAAUGACCACAGUGGAUAAAGAAAAAUAUAAAUGUUUACUUCCGCUGAUAGCAAGUGGCAAUGAGGAAGAAGAAAAGGACUAUAAAGGUCCUACUCCAGGAGAAUUGCUGGAACCUCUUUUUAAGCAAAGCAGCUGUUCAUACAGAAUUGAAUCUUACUGGACUUACGAGGUCUGCCACGGAAAACACAUCCGUCAGUAUCAUGAGGAGAAGGAAACAGGACAGAAAAUUAACAUCCAAGAAUACUAUCUGGGGAAUAUGAUGAUAAAGAACCCAUUAUCAGAACCAGAUCAAGAAGAGAAGGAAAAUCCAAAAGAGAGUGCAAAAGAGAUACCUACAAAAAACAUAGAAGGGCAGAUGACCCCAUACUACCCUGUAGAAAUGGGAAACGGCACGCCUUGUAGCUUGAGACAAAACCUGCCCAGAUCGAGUACAGUGAUGUACAUCUGUCAUCCAGAAGCUAAACAUGAGAUUCUGUCAGUAGCCGAAGUUACAACCUGUGAAUAUGAAGUGGUUAUACUGACACCUCUGUUAUGUAACCAUCCUAAAUACAGGUUCAGGGCUUCCCCUGUGAAUGACAUCUUUUGCCAGUCUCUGCCAGGAUCCCCACUUAAACCCCAUAAUCUGGAACAGCUGGAGAAACAGCAAGAAAUGAUGAAGAUGCCUUUUAGAAGGGUUAAGGAGGAAGAAAUGCAUUCAGUAAAAGAAGAGAAAUUUUCUUCUAUUCACAAGCCUGUUGCUGUUGGAAGCCAUCAACUGUUAACUGUGGGAACAACCCACAUCUCCAAACUGACCGAUGAGCAACUUAUAAAAGAAUUUCUUAGUGGUUCCUACUGCUUCCAUGGGGGUGUUGGCUGGUGGAAGUAUGAAUUCUGCUAUGGCAAAUAUGUUCAUCAGUAUCAUGAGGAUAAGGAAAGUGGCAAGACUUCUGUGGUUGUGGGUACUUGGAGCAAGGAGGAACACAUUGAAUGGUCCAGGAAGAACGCUGCUAGAACCUACUACCUUAGAGAAGAUGGCACCCAGACCGUUAGGAUGGUGUCUCACUUCUAUGGAAAUGGAGAUGUUUGCGACUUAACAGACAAGCCAAGGCAGGUGACUGUGAAAUUGAAAUGUAAAGAAUCCGAUUCCCCUCAUGCUGUGACCAUAUACAUGUUAGAGCCUCAUUCUUGCCAAUACAUCCUUGGGGUGGAGUCUCCAGUCAUCUGUAAAAUUCUGGAUACAGCAGAUGAACACGGGCUCCUUUCAGUGCCCAUUUUAAAAAGCCAUCCCUGCCACCAGCCCCGCUGGCGUUUCCCACAUGAACAUCCCAGCUGUGAGAUGAUUGAG